AUGCCGAAGGUAUUGAGCCUCUCCGUGGUGGCCCUCCUGGGCGCGGCCUUUGUGUCUGCAGACCAGCUCGUCGACCGUGAUCCUGUCCCCGCCGGCUAUGUUGCCAAUCCUUACUAUCCGACACCACACGGUGGUGGUUGGACUGACGACUGGGCCGAAGCCUACGAGAAGGCUGUGGCGCUGGUGUCCCGAAUGACGCUUGCAGAGAAGACAAAUAUCACAGCCGGCACUGGUCAGUUCAUGGGCCGCUGCGUCGCCAAUACUGGCAGCGCCAACAGGGUCGGUUUCCCACAACUGUGCCUGCAGGAUGGUCCGUUGGGAGUUCGCACGACCCCCAACGUCACUGCUUUUCCUGCUGGCAUCACGACUGGUGCGACCUUCAACAAGGAGCUCAUGUACCAGAGAGGUGUGGCAAUUGGGCAGGAGUUCAAGGGAAAGGGUGCUAAUGUUUACCUCGGCCCAUCUGUUGGCCCCUUGGGCAGAAAGCCUCGUGGUGGUCGCAACUGGGAAGGCUUCGGAUCGGAUCCCACCUUGCAAGGAAUUGCUGGUGCUGAGACGAUCCGUGGCGUGCAAGACCAGGGAGUCAUUGCUACGAUCAAGCACCUGAUCGGAAACGAGCAGGAAUUGUAUCGCAUGUACAACCCUUUUCAAGCGGCGUACAGCGCCAACAUUGAUGACCGCACUUUGCAUGAGCUCUACCUCUGGCCAUUUGCCGAUGGUAUCCAUGCCGGCGUCGGUUCGGUGAUGGCCGCUUACAACGACCUCAACGGCUCGGCCACUCACCAGAACAGCAUGCUGCUCAAUGGUCUGCUCAAGGACGAGCUUGGCUUCCAGGGUUUCGUCCAGACAGACUGGCUCUCUCAGUUGUCUGGUGUCGGCUCAGCGCUGGCUGGUCUUGAUAUGACCCUUCCUGGAGACACCCUUGCCAACGCGCUUCCCCUUUUCGGAUACAGCCACUGGAUGUACGAGCUCUCCCGCUCAGUGCUCAAUGGCUCGGUCCCCGUCGAUCGCCUCAACGACAUGUGCACUCGCAUCGUUGCCACGUGGUACAAGCUCGGCCAGGACCAGGAUUACCCCAAACCCAACUUCCAUGCGUGGGUAGGCUCCGCGAACGGCCAGCUCUACCCAGGCGCAUUGUUCUCUCCGUCGGGUCUCGUCAAUGAGUUCGUAGAUGUGCAAGCCAACCAUGCCGUCGUCGCCAAGCAAGUCGCCCAGGAAGCCAUUACGCUCCUGAAGAACAAUGGGAGUUUUCUGCCUAUCUCAACUAAUGUGCCCAUCAGUGCCUUUGGCACCGAUGCACGCGCUGACCCCCAGGGCAUCAACUCGUGCACCGACAAGGGCUGCAACCGCGGUACCUUGACUAUGGGUUGGGGCUCAGGUGCUGCCACUCUGCCUUACCUUGACGACCCAAUCGGCUCGCUGAGGAGGAAGGCGGCUAAUGUCACGCUUUACGACACCAACACUUUCCCCAAAGUUCCAAAGCCAUCCAGUGAGGAGGUCGCCAUUGUCUUCAUCAGCUCUGACUCGGGCGAGAACACCUUGACCGUGGAGGGCAACCACGGUGACCGCGAUAACACCGGUCUGGCAGCCUACUUCAACGGAGACGAGCUCGUGCGCAAGGCCGCGGCAACCUACAAUAAUGUGAUGGUGGUGUACCACACUGUCGGCACCGUCAUUGUCGAGCCCUGGAUCGAUCUGCCGCAAGUCAAGGGUGUCCUAAUUGCCCAUCUUCCGGGCCAGGAAGCUGGCGACUCUCUGACGGAGGUCCUGUUCGGCGAGACUAGCCCGAGUGGAAAGCUGCCAUACAGUAUCUCAUACUCCGAGGACGAAUACCCGGCCAGUUUGAGCCUGGUUGCCACUCCCCUCAGCCAGACACAGGACACUUACUCUGAGGGCCUCUACAUCGACUACCGCCAUCUCAACAAGGAUGGCAUCAAGCCUCGCUUCGCCUUCGGUUACGGCAUGAGCUAUACCACGUUUGAGCUCUCUGAGGCGAGCGUUUCUGCCGUCACCAAGCUUGACAGGCUGCCUCCGGCAGCACCAGCAAGGCCCACAUCGCCCAUCUCUGCCAUGAAUACCACAAUCCCCGCUGCGUCCGAAGCGUACGAGCCCUCUGGCUUCAACAAGAUCUGGCGGUACCUGUACAGCUGGCUGUCCAAGGGCGAUGCGGACAAGGCCUACGCCAUCGGCUCCCGCGGCAGCUCGAAGUAUCCUUACCCGAGGGGCUACAGUGGUGUGCAAAAGCCCAGCCUGCCUCCUGCCGGUGGUCCCAACGGCGGCAACCCUGCCCUCUGGGACGUCGCAUACACCCUCUCGGUCAAGGUGACCAACACCGGCUCGACUUACUCGGGCAAGGCCGUGGGCCAGGUGUACAUUCAGUUCCCUCAGGGCACGUCCUACGACACGCCCAUCAUCCAGCUGCGCGACUUUGCCAAGACGGCGGACCUUGCACCUGGCGCCAGCCAGACGCUCAGCUUCCAGCUCACCCGCCGCGACCUGAGCGUCUGGGAUGUCGUCGAGCAGAACUGGGUCGUGCCGAACCCUUCCGGCGCCUACAGGCUGUGGAUUGGACAGAGCAGCGCCGAGCUCAACACCGUGUGCUACUCGGAUAGUCUGACGUGCGAGAGUGGUGUUGCCAGCCCAGUUGUUGUGUAA